AUGGUAUCGGACAACAAGGAGAUGGCUGCUGAAAAAGAACUAGAGCAAUUAGCAAAGGAAUGGACAGCAGGCAUUUAUGGAUUUUUCAAGCCUGAUCCGAUCAUUGACUAUGUCAAAGGAUGCUGCGUGCAUACCUUUAUUUGUGGUGCGACUCAUUGCCGUGGUACCAGUCGCCAUGUUCGCCGGUUCGUCAACACCAAGGAUGCCAAGUCCACCAGCAAUCUCAGGAGGCACGCUGUGAAGUGUUGGGGUGAAGACAAUGUCAAUGCCGCACGUAGCCGUCCUGCUGAUGAAAUCCACAAGGCGACGAAAGGGGGUUCAGUAUCAGGUUCAAUCAUGGCCGCAUUUGAACAGCAAGGAAAGGGAAAGGUUAGCUAUUCUCAUCGUCAACAUACAAGAACGGAAACAAGCUUGAUGAAAACUGGAUGGCCUGGGUAUUGGCUCCCAUCCUCGAGCAUGUCUGCUUGCGAUGUCAAGCUGGUGUUUGCAAAAACUCGAAAUAGGAUCACUAGAAUACUCCAGGAACACCCCGGCACCCUCAGUUUUGCUACGGAUGUGUGGUCCUCCCCAAACCAUAAGGCAUAUGUUGCGGUUACGGUCCACUUCAAGCGUGAUGGCAUCCCAAUUUCGAUGCUGCUUGAUAUCGUCAAGGUUCCUCACUCCCAUUCCAGCUUGAACCUUGCUAAGGCAUUCUGA